CUAUGGGAACCUCUUAUCUUCCUUCAUGUGCUUCAAUGGCUACUCUGUUGUUUGUUUUUUGCCUUGUAUCUCCCUUGGUGGAGUUUGCAGCAGGCAUAACAAGACACUAUACCUUCAAUAUCAUGUACCAAAAUGUGACAAGAUUGUGCCACACAAGGAGCAUUAUCAGUGUGAACGGGCAAUUCCCAGGGCCUCGGUUGGUGGCUCGGGAAGGCGAUCAGGUCAUUGUUAAAGUGGUUAAUCAUGUUUCAAACAAUGUCACAAUUCACUGGCAUGGAGUUAGGCAGCUGACAUCCGGGUGGGCCGAUGGACCUGCAUAUAUAACACAGUGUCCUAUUCAAACUGGCAAAGCCUACACGUAUAAUUUCACCAUUGCAGGACAGAGAGGAACUUUGCUAUGGCAUGCUCAUAUCUCAUGGCUAAGAGCAACGCUCUAUGGACCCAUCAUCAUCCUCCCAAAGCGCAAUGAAUCUUACCCAUUUCAGAAACCCCACAAGGAAAUUCCUAUACUUCUUGGAGAAUGGUUCAAUGUAGACCAAGAAGCUAUCAUUAGCCAAGCUCUUCAAACAGGAGGAGGUCCAAACGUUUCUGAUGCAUAUACCAUUAAUGGUCUUCCAGGGCCACUUUACAACUGCUCUUCUCAAGAUACAUUCAAGCUGAAGGUGGAGCCUGGAAAAACCUAUCUUCUGAGACUAAUCAACGCUGCACUCAAUGACGAGCUCUUCUUCAGCAUUGCUAAUCACAGCCUCUCUGUAGUGGAAGCUGAUGCCGUUUAUGUCAAGCCGUUCAACACAGACAAGCUACUGAUAACUCCGGGCCAAACUACUAACGUUCUUCUGAAAACCAAACCUUACUUUCCCGAUGCCACCUUCCUCAUGGAGGCCAGACCUUACUUCACUGGCAGGGGAAGUUUUGACAAUUCAACCACCGCCGGCGUCCUUCAAUACAAGCGACCAACAAACCUCUCAUCCUCUAAAAAGCUUCCUUUAUUCAAACCAACCCUCCCUCCGAUCAAUGCCACUAACUUUGUAGCCAACUUCACCGGGAAAUUCCGUAGCUUAGCGAGUGCAAAGUAUCCUGCCAAUGUUCCUCUGAAAGUAGACAGGAAAUUUUUCUUCACUGUGGGACUCGGGACAAAUCCAUGUCCUGUAAACACAACUUGCCAAGGACCUACUAAUAGGACCAAAUUUACAGCUUCCAUUAACAAUGUGUCAUUUGCAUUACCUUCUACUGCAAUUCUCCAAUCCUACUUCUUUGGACAAAAUAAUGGUGUAUACACUACAGAUUUUCCGGAUAAUCCUCCGAUUCCGUUCAACUACACUGGGACGCCACCGAAUAAUACUAAUGUAAGCAAUGGCACAAGAACUGUGGUUUUCCCUUUCAACGCAAGUGUGGAGCUGGUGAUGCAGGCCACUAGUAUUCUUGGUGCUGAGAGUCACCCUCUCCAUCUCCAUGGAUUCAACUUCUUUGUCGUUGGAUUUGGUUUCGGAAACUAUGAUCCUAAUAACGAUCCUAAAAACUUCAAUUUGGUUGAUCCUGUGGAGAGGAACACUGUUGGUGUUCCUGCCGGUGGUUGGGUCGCCGUUCGCUUCUUUGCGGAUAACCCAGGGGUCUGGUUUAUGCACUGCCACUUGGAUGUUCACACAAGCUGGGGACUGAAGAUGGCAUGGAUAGUUUUAGAUGGGCCACAGCCAAAUCAGAAGCUACCACCACCACCGUCUGAUCUUCCCCAGUGUUGAUAAUCUUGGGGCUUGACUGACCAUUUCUAGUCCGGACUGGAAAAAAUAACUUUUCUGAGUGUUUUUGAAUCAUAAACCCUUCUCCUUAACUUAAUAAACUUGCAAUUUAUUUUUUGUGUGAUUCAUUAAUAAGAAAGGAGAAAAGCUUUUACUGG